AUGCCAUUAAAGCCAUUAGAACCACACGAAAUACGUGGGAUAUUAAAUGAAAUCCACAUGAAAGAAAGUACUACUACAGCAACUACACAACAACCAACUGAAAACACAAAUAAUAAUGGCAACGAUGGUAAUGAUAACAGCGAUCAAACAACCAUUCCAACAACUGCUGCAACAAGUAAUAUUCUUUCAAGGCAACAACCAAGGUCUGCAGUUCAUUCUACAGUUUCUACAAUGUUAAGUUCUGUUCCUCCAUUGACUAGUGAAGAACCUGCUGUUAUGCAAGUGGUAGUUGAGAAGCUGGAAAAUAUUAAUAGUGACGAGGAAAGUCUAGUAGAACAGGAUGGAACUGGAUUUCCUUGA